AUGUCUUCAACGCCUGAACGUAAAGGGCGGGGUAAUGCCGCCAGGCCAUCACGGAAGUCACCCCGAAUCCAGCGGCAACCACCACCACCACCACCACCAGCACCAGCACCAGCAUCACCAUCGUCAUCAUCGUCGUCACAAGUGAAGGGAAAGGGGGAGCAACAGAAGCGUUUUUCCUCGUCUGCAAGGUCGUCGCACAUGACGCCGCAUCGAAAUGGUCGCGACAGUAAAACACCGACUGUCUCCUCACGGACCGGAAUAUUGAAGCGCUCCCCGCCGCUCCAGUGGGAGUCUUCCGCCCCCAGUCGCUCCCCGAUGUCAAGUAGAGGUAUAUUCUUCAACGAACAUCAGCGAAUAGGCUCCUCCAUCGCGAAUACCGUAGGCGGCCCUAAAAAAAGCAACCCCCACGUUAACCACGCCGGCAGUCCAAAUGCGACGACAGUGUCCCGAUCCUUGUACGAAGUGAGCCCUCUUCUUGGAACAAUAAACUCGGAUAAUUUGGCGGUAUCGAAGGAUGUCGUCACCCCAAGUUCCCGUCCCGUUGAGCCUGGGAGCGUGAGCGUCGUCGUGCGUAUUCGACCACAGUUUUCAAGGAAAACGGCGCAGCCCUGUUGCCGUGUUCUCGGUGCUCCCGGUAUUGUGGAAUACACGGUGUCAAUGAGGGAGCCCAGUGCUUUGGGGAAUGGCGUCCAGAUGUCCUCUUCCUCUGCUGUAUUUAGCCGGCAACUUGCCACCGGGGCAGCAUCGCAGGAAACACGAAAAAUUCUCUUCUCCUUUGAUGCCACUCUUGGCGAGUCCGCUAAUCAGGCCGAUACGAUGGCGUGCGUUGGAACGAAAAUGCUGCAGUACCUUCUUAAUGGAUACAAUGCCACCAUCUUAUGUUAUGGCCAGAGUGGGAGCGGCAAGACGCACUCGAUGCUUGGACCGGCUGGUGGCAUUCCCGAUCGUAUUCAAAAGCGUGAGGACUUUGGCCUGGUUCCGCGCAUGCUCGAGCAGCUCUUUACCCGCCUACAAGAAAAGUUUCCACGGGAGCAGGAGGGGGGUGAAAAACUUUCGCAUGUGGUCCACCCCAAUGCGGUGGGAGCGGAUGGGGAGAAUAAAGGGAUGACAAAAUCAUUUUGGCAGCUGGAGAUUGGUGUGUUGGAACUUUAUCAAGAGGAAUUGCGUGAUUUGAUGGCAGAUAGCCCACCGCUGUUCUCCCCAAGCCGUGCGGAUAGUCUCUUCAGCGUCUCUAACGGCGUUGGGACAGGCAGGACGUCUUUUGUACCGGAGUUUGACGAAGAAAACGGAUCCGAUGCACUGGAUAUUAUGAAAACCGUGGAUAAGAGCCCUAGUGCGUCCCGUUCUUUCCCAACGUUUACAUCGCGCUUACGAAAUAUGCGGUCGGUACCACCCACGGCACGGGAAUUAAAAAUACGUGAGGAUCCAGAUUGGGGAGUUGUCGUGAGUGGUCUUUCAUGGCACCCGGUGAAUUCUUUUGAGGAAGCCAUGCCGGUACUUCUGCGGGCUGAACGCAUGCGUCGCGUGGAAUCCACGGCGUUAAAUGAACGAAGCAGUCGCUCGCACUUUUUUGUGUUUCUGUCCCUGCAACAGUGGGGCGUUGUGGCGACGAAGCAGUCGGGGGAGCGUUCAACGGCGGUUGUCAGCAACCGAACGCGUUCGCUGCUGACGCUUGUUGACCUGGCGGGCUCGGAGAGGGUUUCGGCGACAGGGGCGGAGGGACAGAGGUUAAAGGAGGCUCAAAACAUCAAUCUUUCCCUUUCACUAUUGGGAAAUGUCAUUCGUAAGCUGACGGCGAAUGAGCGGGAGAGGGGGCAAUUUGCCCACAUCCCCUAUCGUGACUCUAAACUCACGCGCCUACUUCAGGAAAGCAUAGGCGGCAACGCCUUUACCACACUCCUGUGCACGGUCUCACCGGACAUAAGUGAUGCGGCGGAAAGCCUCUCUACCUUGCAGUUUGCACAGCGGGCGAAAGGGCUAUGUAACCGACCAGUUGUAAAUCACACGGAAACGAAAGAGGAUUUGAAGUCUAGGCUAAAUGUUGCCCAAAGUCGGAUCACAUGGCUGGAAAACCAGCUGGCAAUUCUUAUGAAUAAACCGACGGAGCACCAAUCUGUAAUGGAGCGGGAGGAAAAGAAUGUGAAUGCACGAGGAAAUUCUGAGCUGGACAUUUGCAAAAUGAAUGGGAAUCCUGCGGGUCAGGCGAGCAUGGGGCCGGCAUGCAUUGUACACCCCCCUAUUUUCUACGACAUACCGGGCGAGACGGAGGAAAGCAACUUUGACCUUCAAUACAUCCCGGGAACAGACAUAGCUCAGAUUUUACGGGAUGAACUUUACAGAAGGGAAGAGGAGUAUUCACGUGUGCAGAACGAACUUGACAUGUAUACACGGCUCCUACGGGAGGAACGGGAGGAACACGAACGGAUGCAUGCUUCCUUUCUUGAGGAACGUCGCCGGCGAUUGGAGAUGGAGAAUCAGUUGCGGCGUGUGGCACCAUCUGAGUAUGGUUUUGCCUUUUCCAGAGACAACAUGGAGGUUGAGGGUAAUGGUGACGACCACGACAGAGUCGGGACGAGCUCAAGAGUUCUAAUGCAUCGGCAUCCGGAGCGUGAAACCCGUUGCCGGACGCUGUGGCGACAUCAAGUGACAGAUUCUCCGUGGCAUCGACCCCGUCUUGCCAGUGAAAGUCUUCAUAGAAUGCUCAACCUCAUGCCGUUUAUAGGUCAACAGCCUGGCAAUGCGGUGGAGAGUAUUAGUAGUCUUGGCCUGCCUGGCGGAGAAUCCAAAUCCCCCUCUUUUCUGCAUACACCACCCGAUGUCUCUUUAACCUGCUAUUCCCCAGGAAGGCCAGAGGGAGAAGAAGAAGAAGAAGAAGAAGGCCGUAGUGACGCAGAGAACGCGUUUCGAGAUUCAACACACACAAUCAUGAUGGAUUCGUCAUCUAUGGUGGGGAUGCUGAUGCAGUAUGGCGUAGACGAUAUGAUUCAAUCAUAA